CAGCACAUGAGAGUUGAUCUUCUAUGGAACAUGGACGCUGUUUGUCCUUAAACAGUGCAAUGACAGCCCGUAGUAUUUUACUAACCCGGCAAGUGUUGCCUCUUGGACGUCAUUUACGGCGUGCCUUACCCGUGAAGAGCUUCUGCUCUUCCACGCGUGAUGAGGUUCGCUUGGCAAAGGAGGCCAGCAAGAAGUACGGAAAACCGGAACCCACUAUAUUUUCUAAAAUAAUUGACAAAACUAUUCCUGCAGUUAUCAUUUAUGAAGACGAGAAGUGUCUAGCAUUUAGAGAUGUAAAUCCUCAGGCUCCUGUUCAUUUCCUGGUUAUUCCAAGGAUUCCCAUUCCCAGGAUCAGUGAAGCACACAAUGAUGAUGCACAGCUCCUGGGUCAUCUCUUGAUUGUGGCCAAAAACAUAGCGAAGAAAGAAGGACUGGAUGAAGGGUACAGAGUUGUCAUUAAUGAUGGAAAAAAUGGGGCGCAGUCUGUGUAUCACCUUCACAUUCAUGUUCUUGGAGGACGGCAAAUGAAAUGGCCUCCAGGAUAGAUGGACCUACUGUCAGAAUAAAAGUAAUUUUCUGCAUUUUUUUGGAGGAGAUUACUGAUCUAAAAACUUUUUAAAACGGUUGGAUAUUAUCAAAAAAUGUUUGUCAGAUAAUGAGAGAGUGGAAAAAUGUAAUACUGUUACAUUAAAACAUUUUUACUGGA